AUGGACACCUCUACAACCACAACCGUGCUGGACGCCUUUCUCAACGCGACUUUCGCCAACCAAACCGCCGUGGACAAUGAGAGCUACAGCGGCACCACCCCGGCCUCUGCCGUACCGAACAACGGGACCUCAGCCCCUGUAGCCGGGGACAGUUUGAGUUGGGACGACGCGACGUGGAUUUUAACCAGUUCGUUUAUCAUCUUCACCAUGCAGUCAGGUUUUGGUCUGCUGGAGUGCGGGAACGUGUCGUCUAAGAACGAGGUGAACAUCAUGGUGAAGAACGCGGUGGACGUGGUGUUCGGCGGGCUGACCUACUGGAUGUUCGGCUUCGGGAUCACCUUCGGCAUGGCGGCAGGGACCAACGCCUUCUGCGGCGUCGGAGACUGGUUCCUGGACUCGGACGACGAGCACAUGGGCGUGGUUUUCGCCAAGUUCAUCUUCCAGCUGUCCUUCGCCACCACCAGCACCACCAUCGUGUCGGGGGCAAUGGCCGAGCGGACGAAGCUCAACUCCUACAUCGUGUUCUCCAUGCUGAACACGGUGGUCUACAUCUUCCCGGCACACUGGAUCUGGGCUCCUAACGGAUUCCUGUACACGAUGGGAGUGAUAGACGUUGCGGGGACGGGGGCCGUGCACCUGUGCGGGGCGUCCUGCGGGCUGGUGGCCACUCUCCUGCUGAAGCCGCGGAUUGGGCGCUUCGAUGACGAGAAAGGCUCGCCCGAGAUGUCCUCACCGACGAACGUGCUGCUCGGGACGUUCAUGCUGUGGUGGGGUUGGCUUGGAUUUAACUGCGGAAGUACCUACGGUAUCCAAGGAGGGAAAUGGCAACUAGCCGCAAGGUCUGCCGUGUCUACCAUGUUGGGUUCCUUGGGAGGAGGAAUUGUAGGUGUUGUCUACAGUUACGCUACCAAAAAAGGACAGUUCAACGUCGGCGACAUCGUCAACGGCAUCCUAGGUGGCCUGGUGUCUGUCACCGCGAUCUGUGCGAUAGCUAGUCCGUUCGGAGGUCUGGUGAUCGGGUCUUUCGGAGGACUGUGCGCUGAUCUCGGCGUCCCUUUACUGAACUACCUGAAGAUAGACGACCCAGUUGGAGCGGUGCCAGUGCACGGGUUCGCCGCCAUAUGGGGCAUGCUGGCCGUGGGACUCUUCGCUCUAAACGACGGCCUGGAGAACUUUUCCUUCGGUAGAAAGGGGCUUCUGUACGGAGGGGGACCUUACCUGCUGGGGGUCCAACUGAUCGCGGUGGUCGUCAUCAUCCUCUGGGGCGCCGGCGUCUCCUUUGUCUUACUCAAGCUGAUAGACGUGACUAUGGGUCUGCGCAUGUCCGAAGAGGAGGAGGAACUUGGAGCGGACAUAUGCGAACACGAGAUCGACCAGAACGACGACCCGUACGAAGAAAUUCAGCGUUACCUCACCAUCUGUGACGACCACGAAAACAAGAUGGCGGCCGAAAACAACAUGGCGGUCGCGGACGUGGAGGAUGACGGGAAGGGGACUGACCAAGACAUGGCGGUGGCGGGUGGCAAACGUGGAGUGUUCGCAAUCGUGCGCUCCCUGUUCAAGACUGUUAAAACGGACCGCCCCUACCAGCCGAACGGAACUGGAGACGGUGGAGAUUCAAAUGAUCCGAUCAACUUUGACAGAAACUGGAUUCUACAAUCGGAGGGUGAGGAAGGGUCAUGUCCCAAGCAGAUGGAAAACAACAUCACGGUGGUGGCUCCGCACGGACCGAAAGGGGACAUAGGACAGGAGGGACCGAGGGGCGUUCGCGGGGAGAAGGGAGUGACAGGCCGUCCCGGGAAGCUCGGACCACACGGCGUGGAGGGCCAGAAGGGUGGGGAAGGAGCUCCGGGACAGAAAGGCAGCCAAGGCGCGAAAGGAUUGGGUGGAGGAGCUGUGUAUAUCCGGUGGGGGAGGAAAUCGUGUGACGAGAGUACGGGUACGGUGACCGUGUACUCUGGGCUCGCCGGCGGAGAGUGGUACAACCACAACGGAGGAGGAAGCAACUACCAGUGCCUCCCUGCAGACCCGGAGUGGGGCUGGUAUGACGAUGAGGUUUCGGCAGCGAGGGCAUAUUUGCACGCUGCCGAGUACCAAAUCUACUCAAACGCAGUAUACGACAGGGCUCUUCAAGACCGUGACGUGCCCUGUGCAGCUUGCUACAGUCUUUCCCGUCGCGCGCAGCUGAUGAUCCCCGCCCGUAAGACCUGUCCAGAAGGCUGGACGCGGGAGUACGGUGGCUACCUGAUGGCUGAACACUGGGACCACGCCGGCCGUACGGAGUUUGUGUGUAUGGACGGGGAGCCCGAGAUUUUGUCAGGCGGAGAAGGGAACGACAACGGCGCGCUGUUCUACCUCGUGGAGGCCCGCUGUUGGUCACUGCCGUGCCCACCCUACGUUGAAGGGAGGGAGGUCACAUGCGUCGUGUGCACAAAAUAG